AUGUGGGACACUUUCUGGUCAAGAGUACGAGAACUAAGUGUCAGCACAGUGCUAGUGACUUUUGCUGUUGCCAUUGCAUGCUCCCUCUACCUCAUUGUACUUCUGUUAUCGCAUUCUCCCAGAAAACCUUUUGAUGAAGAGUUGAUAUUCAAGACUAAUGGGCCUAGAGGCCACAUUGUUAGCGGAAAACUUGAUCCAGUGACUAAAGGCUCUUCUAACAAGGACGGAAUUGAGCUUUCCGUGGUGGUGCCCAGCUACAACGAGAUCGGGCGCAUCUUGGUAGGUUUAACCGAUGCGGUUACGUUUCUGCAAGAACAUUUGGAGGAUAAGUGGGAAAUUUUGGUUGUUGAUGAUGGUUCUAGCGAUGGAACCUCCAAGUACUGUCUAGACCUGGCCGCUAAUCACUUCAAGUUAAAACCUGGUCAGCUAAGAGUUGUCAAGUUAACUCAAAACCGCGGCAAAGGUGGCGCUGUGAGACAUGGAUUGUUGCAUAUGAGAGGUAAAUAUGGCCUUUUCGCAGAUGCCGAUGGUGCCAGUAGAUUUUCAGAUGUGGCGAAACUGCUCGACUCUAUCAAAAAACAUGAAGAAAAAGGACAUGCUGCCAUGGCCAUUGGAUCUCGCGCCCACAUGGUCAACACGGACGCCGUGGUUAAGCGCUCUUUCAUCCGGAAUCUUCUCAUGUACGGACUGCACACACUUGUUUUUAUUUUCGGCAUAAGAUCCAUUAAAGACACUCAAUGUGGGUUCAAGCUGUUCAACCGGUCCGCUACUGUACAGAUUUUUCCCUAUUUGCAUACUGAAGGCUGGAUCUUUGAUGUUGAGAUCUUAAUCUUAGCACUGAGGAAAAAGGUUCCCGUUGAAGAAGUGGCAAUUUCUUGGCACGAAGUCGACGGAUCGAAAAUGGACCUUGCAAGAGACAGCAUCAACAUGGCUAAGGAUCUGGUCAUCAUUAGAAUGGCUUAUCUCUUAGGCAUCUACAGCGACAAGGUCGAGUGUUAA